ACAGUACAAUGGCAAACUCAGUAACAUGGCUCGGUUGCUUUGUAAAUAAAUAAGCUUAUUUACACAGAGGCCCCUUACCUUUCUGGCAAUAACAAGUUCCCUCGCCUCCCCUUCCCUCCCCGUGAACGGAUCCGGUUCACGUACGAGAAUGUUCUCCCCCUACCCGCUCCCCGCUCCCCGCUCCCCGGCCUUUCUUUUAUAAGGUGGUGUGGCAGAUCGGCCAUUGCUUGCACCUUUGCACCAGCAGAGUCACAACUUUUGAAUCAGGUUGCGCGGCAGUUACUUGUGAAGUGCUUCAGGUAUCAGCGCAUUCGAAGCACCGGGAUGGUUUAUAACUUCUCACAUGUUCCUCGGGAUCUCGUACUGCGGUUAGCAGAACCUAUCAGGGAAUCUCUAUCGAGAACACAGUAUAAUCCCCCAGAAGGCACGAAUGUUUCGGUUAAAUCCCUUCUUGAAUCUCUAAUACCGGACAAGAAUUCGUCAUUGGUUCCUGAAACCUCAGAAGAAGAGAUUAAGAGAGAAAUUAGGGAUUUCAGUUUAUGUUGUGCUGCAUUAGCUUCAGCCAAGGUGGAAAUAGGGGAUUUAAUGUCAUGGAUUCCCAUAGAACUUUCAGCUGCAGGGGAAGCAGCCCUGGGAGAGCUCUCAAGGGCUUUAUUCUCCGGUAUGGAUGGAAAAGAGUUCGGAAUUGUGGGAGAGCUAGGCAUGGAUUUUGGUUUGGUUCCAGAAGAACGGAAAUUGGUGGUGGAGUUGAUGCCUCAAGUGUUACCUUUGCUCAAGGGUACUAUCAAGGAAAGUUCUAUUGAUCCUACAGACGACUGUGACGAGAUUUCAGCUGCUUCUGUGAGGACUCCGGUUGCAUAUGCUAUUGUGGCUGCUAAUCAGUUUCGAUGGUUCCUUACACAGGUUGAUUACCCUCAUUUGGGGAAGCUAUGCUCUUUGGUGAUUCCUUGCGCGUUGACCACCCUUGAUCAUUGGUCCCCAGAAGUGAAAGCACAGGGUAUGGUUAGCUUUAUACAUCUUGCAAAGAAUGUCAAUUCUGCUGAGCUUGGUUGGUAUGAAGAUGUGAUCCUUGAUAUAUGCUGUCGGAAUAUUGCUUCUAGUGAUGAGCUAUGGCGCUAUGUGGUUGAGAUGUCUGUACUUUUAGUAACUUGUAUCCAGCGAAGAAAUCCUCGUAGCUCAUGGUUUGAAAGGAUGCUUACUGAGAUGUUAAGUCACUUGGAGCGGCAACCAAGGAAUAAAGAACGCCGCAUUGCAUGGCUUGAACUCAUUGAGCCAGUUCUUAACGGAAUGGGGCUUGUCUUAUUAGCCCAUUUCAGACGUAUUUUUCCACUUCUCUUUGAGUGGAUGCAUGCUGAUGAUGACGAAACUGUUAUACUGGUUCUUCAGCGGGUCUAUACAACUAUGAAGUUGACGUGGAUCAGGAACACACCAUAUGUUGAAAGAUUGGUUGAUGAGCUGACCAUCACAUACAAGAACGCUGCAAUGAGAAGGGGCCAUGAAGUUAUUCGGACACAUGUUCUUCAGAUAUUGAUCUUGCUUCAGCAAUGUAAGAGCCUGCAGUUUGAAGCAGCUUGGGACAAAUACAGGGAUGACCCAAACUUGAGCACUCCUGCACCAGCCUUUGAAAGAAAAGAUUCUGCUACGGUUGUUCAAUGAUAGAAUCCCAUGGGAGGAUGUUAACUUUUCUGUACAAGCAUGUAGUUCACAGUUACUUGAGGAAUGAAAGCUGGAGAAACACUGCAAUAUUUAUGCAUUGAUAUACAACCAGAAAGUGCUGAUCUGAAACGUAUGAAAAUAUUGCACAUCUCAUUGUUGCAGUGCACUGGGUCAACUGUCAACUGGUCAAUGCAUGUUCAGACCACAAUGCCCUAAAUGAGCUUCAAUUGAUUGUUGUUCUGUACUCCCUGCCCCUUUCUCAGGCGAAAUUGUUGAACUCCAAUCCAAUUGUCACUGCAUUGAUUAUUUCCCAACUGUCACAGGAAAGUGGGGGGGGGGGGGAAUCUCCUGUAGAGACACUUAACAGUUCUUUUAUUUGGGUAGAAGAGACACUUCAACAUGUAAAUGCCUCUAUUUUGGGUUGCAAAUGAACGACAAACUUAUUUCAGUAUUUGCAGCUUUUGGUCA